AUUUUUUUAUUAAUUUGAAAAGAUUUGAAAAAAGAAGAGAAAAAAAAAUAGAAUCAAUAUCAUUUUUUAUCGAUGGCAUGCGAGGUCAUAAAUUCAUGGACAUUCAUUGGCCUAUUGGGUGCUUUCCUUAAUCUUUUCAUAGCUUAUAUAUUGCUCUGUGGAUCAUCCGUUGCGUAUUUGGCUUCAAAAAUUCUGGGUUUCUUUGGACUGUCCUUGCCUUGUCCUUGUAAUGGGAUUUUUGGGUACCCAAAUGAGAACCUUUGUGUGCAAGCCAUGCUGGUUAACCACCCAUUACUUAAAAUCUCAUCCGUUCAAUCUUCUGCUAUGAAAAGGUUUCCCUUUGAAUCAAUCUGGGACGGCCUUUAUCGAGGAGGAGGAGGAGGAGGAGUAGGAGAAGAAGAAGAGGAAGAUGGCAGUCGAAGCCAAUCGAAUUCCGAGAAAUGGCGGAAUGGAGGAGAAGCGUCUUCUAGUUCGUGGCAUGAGAAGAAGAACGUUGAAAAUGGGAGAUUUGGGUCGAAUCCUAAGGGGCCUUGUAGUUAUCAUCGAAGGCCUAGAGUUGGUCUUAGGAAUCGUUCUUCUGCUAGUGUUGGUUGUAAGCUUGGGACUCCAGCUAGCACCAAUUCUGUUAACUCCGAAGAUGGCAAAGAAAGCUCAAAAGAGUUUGGAUUGCUUAAGCAAGGUUCUUCGGGUUUCGAAAUCGACGAUGACCCUUUUUCUGUAGCUAAGAAAGAAUUAGCAUCGGUUGAGUCUCAGUGUGAUGGUCACAAAAAUGUGAUUAGGGUCUUAGAACGAGCUCUGGACAAAGAGCAUGCCGGUUGUGCUGCUCUGUACUUGGAGCUCGAGAAGGAGAGGAUCGCUGCUUCUACGGCUGCGGAUGAGGCUAUGGCAAUGAUACUGCGCCUGCAAGAAGAGAAGGCAACCAUUGAAAUGGAAGCAAAGCAAUAUCUGAGGAUGAUAGAAGAAAAAGCUGCAUUCGAUGAAGAAGAAAUGAACAUCCUGAAAGAGAAUUUAUUAAGAAGAGAAAGGGAAAAACUUUUCUUGGAGAAGGAAGUUGAAGCUUACAAGAAAAUGUUUUUCGACAAAGAUCAACUGUAUGCUGAUAUAUAUGAUGCUGCAGCUGUACAGGAGCAAAUGAUUUCAAAUGUGGGGCCGUUGCUAAUGUUGGAACAGAUCCCUCAAUCUGUUGGACAGAAGUGUGAGUUCACGUCGAUCGUGUCACCAAAUCGAUCUCUCGAUUUCGGGAAAGAGUUACUGAUUCCACGACUCAGUGAAGAUUCCGGUAUUAUUGUUCGUAAUGUUCUCGAUGUUCAUAUCAUUAAUGAAGAUAGCAAAAACAAAAGGGACAACAAAUCUAUUACCUCAAACUCACCUAAAACCUGUGAUUAUCCAACCAGUGGUGGAUCAGAAACUGAGCCUUGGAGGAAAAGAAACACUUCAGACAGAUCUAGUGGGUUACCACCAAUUGCUCCUUCAAGGGUCAAAUCUUUACCUCCAAUUUCUCGUAGAAACUCCAUGUCUGCUUUCGAUUACGAAAUGUUUAAAAUCGACAAUGAAGUCGGGUUGCUAAGAGAAAGGCUAAGGAUUAUACAGCAAGGAAGAGAAAAGCUUAACAUCCCUGCAGGGCCCAAGGAAAGGGAACAAUCUCAGAUGCAAAUGAUGGAAAACAUUGCAAGUCAACUUCAAGAGAUACGACAAUUAUCGGUACCCCAAAAGGCUUUGCGACAGGCGUCUUUGCCCUCUCCAUCCUCUAAGGUUAUGUCAAAGAAGAGACAUGGACAUGGUGCUCUUUUGGGAGAGAUGAAAAGCAUUUAAAGGAGAGAAUUGUACACACAAUUUUCGCUAAACGAGAUGAGCUAGAUAAUCCGAUUGGUUGGAUCCAUUUGGUACCGCGCUGAUAUCUUCCGACGCGCUGAUUAUAACUUCCCUAUGAUUGCACAGGUUCCUGAAAGAACUGAGCUUCUGUCGAUCACACUUCAGAUAACCACCACUUCGACCGACGAAUUCCGGGUGCGAUGCU